UCCAGGGGGCUGGCCCUUGAUCGACUUGCAUGCGCGUGUCUGUGUAUGUACGUAAGUGUGUGCGUGCGUGUGUAUGUAUGUAUGUAUGUGUGUGUAAGUGAGCGCGUGUGUGCGUGCAGCGCUGUGUGGAGAGCAAAUCGAGAUACAGUAGUAACCCGGAGUGAGGUGGCAGUCUUAUUCCACAUCGACACUGACUUGCCCUGCGUACAUUCAAUCGGUCUCUAUAUCGCAGCGCGCACUUGAGGAGUGGAGGAAAGAGUCAAGAUGGCAUCUGGAAGUGGCUGUGGACGAUCCGGGAUCUAGUCUCUUCGGGGUUUUUUUUUUUUGGUACCACACAGCACAAGUGACUGGCCGUGGCGUUAAUAACUAAGUUGCUCGUGGCCCAGUUGGGACUUCGCUGCUGUGGAAUAGCAACAAAGGACGGGAGCGCGCAUUCAUGGGACGCGACUUUGACAGCUCCUCAUCUCUUGUCUUUUAACUUUAUUACCUGGCAGCGGGGGCGAGAUAGUGGUAGGAGAUAAUGGCCGAGGCUUCGCUCCCUGACCCACUCCCGGAUUCGGACGUGGUCAUCGACCCGGACUUCGAACCCCAGAAACGGCCCAGAUCUUGCACCUGGCCGCUGCCACGACCAGACUCCAACACGGCGAAACCGGAGAGCAAUGACACCGAUAUUAUACCUGAGGAAGAGGAUGAUGAAGACGACAACGCCACCCCUGCCGCCAUCGGUGUCAAUGGCUCGGGUUUGGUGACGGAUGACCAGAGUAGCAACAGCCCCGUGGCCGAUGGAGCGCUCUCCUCCUCCGGCCAGGAGAGCGGAGGCUCCCCGCAUUCUGCGCACUCCCCGACGGCCACCUCCGGCGCGCUGACCGCCAGCAGCUUGGCUGCCCAGCAGACCCCGAGGAAAGCAUCAUCUCGCCGUAACGCUUGGGGCAAUCUCUCGUACGCCGACCUGAUAACCAAAGCCAUUGAGAGCGCGCCGGACAAGCGACUGACACUGUCUCAAAUUUAUGACUGGAUGGUGAGAUCCAUUCCUUACUUCAAAGACAAAGGCGACAGCAACAGCUCUGCAGGAUGGAAGAACUCCAUCCGGCACAAUCUUUCCCUUCACAGCCGCUUCAUCCGCGUACAGAACGAGGGGACGGGGAAGAGUUCCUGGUGGAUGAUCAACCCAGAGGGAGGGAAGGGUGGCAAGGCUCCUCGCCGCCGUGCUGUGUCAAUGGACAACAGCAACAAGUACACCAAGUCGGCCCGCGGCCGUGCUGCCAAGAAGAAGGCAGCUCUGCAGGCCGCAGCCGCUGCAGCUGGUGAAGGCGGCGGAGACAGUCCUUCAGGUCUCUCCAAGUGGCCUGGAAGCCCAACGUCACGCAGCAGCGAGGAUCUGGACGCCUGGACGGACUUCCGCUCCCGCACUAAUUCCAACGCCAGCACACUCAGCGGUCGCCUCUCACCCAUUCUGGCCAACCCUGAGCUAGACGAGGUGCCCGAUGACGAGCCUCCUCUCUCGCCUAUGCUAUACUCCAGCCCUGGCAGAGCACUGUCUCCUGGCAUCGCCACAACCAGCUCUGCGCCGGCUGAGCUGCCCCGCCUUGCGGACCUGGCAGGUACAAUGAACCUGAAUGACGGACUCACAGAUGACCUGAUGGAUGAGUUGCUGGAUAACAUCGACCUGGUGCCACCCGUGACGGGGCCGACAGCUCCAAAUGGUUCCUCGGGGUUCAACUUUGUGUCCAAAUCCAACGGGCUAGGCUCACCUUCCACCACCUCCUCUCCCUCCACCAACACUUCUACUAACGGUGGAGUUAAUGGUUACAGUAACUCCAUCUUUGGCCCCCACACGGCAGGCUCGUCGCUGCGUCCGGCCCCCAUGCAGACCAUCCAGGAGAACAAGCAGACCUCCUUCUCCAGCAUCAGCCUCUCUCGCUUUGGCAGUCAGACACUACAAGACCUGCUUAACUCUGACAGUCACAGCCACAGCGACGUCAUGAUGACCCAGUCUGACCCGCUGAUGUCACAGGCCAGCGCUGCUGCCAUCGUUUCCCAGAACUCCCGUCGUGGCCUCAUGCUCCGUAAUGAUCCCGUAAUGACCUUUGGCACCACUGGAGGACUUCAGCGCAGCCAAGUGGAGAUACUUCAAAGUAACAACCACAACCAGAGCUCCCCGAGGUCUUUAAACGGAGGCCUGAACCUAGCCAACGAGGCUAACGCUCUGGCGAAUGCCAAGCAGCAGCUCCUGCUGUCACCUUUGGGAGGAAAUGGUUCCUCUUCCAUGCAGAUCGACACCUCGAUCUUCCUAAACGGGACAAUUGGCAGCAGUGGAGGGAUCUGUCAGGACCGUUUCCCCACAGAUCUGGACCUGGACAUGUUCAACAGCAGCCUGGAGUGUGAUAUGGACUCCAUCAUUAGGAACGAGCUGAUGGACGCAGAUGGCCUGGACUUUAACUUUGACUCUCUGGCCAACAUGAACGGAGUCGGCAACUUCGCAAACACCAAGCAGACUUCUCAGAGCCGGGUACCCGGCUGAGAGGGUCAGGCCGGGGAGGAGCAGAGCAGGUCUGAACUAUGUAGUGCAAGAGAAGAUCAGACACACGACAUCCUUUUUGCCAAACCUGCCAUCAGCACAACGUAAAAUACGAACCCUGUGUUUACAGAAGAAGACUUCCUCUCGAGAGCUUUACCUUCGCUCCCACACUGGUGAACCAUGAACAAUCCGACAGACUCCAGAGAUACUGCACAUCAUCCCUCGAAGCCUCCUGUGAAGAAACAACACAAAUGAAGCUAUGUCAAACUCACAAAUUAUGCAAUUUUCCUUUGACACCCAGUCUGUUGACAUCAGAGACACUGCUUCAUCAGAAGGGGUUUCAGGUGAUGUACAAGGACUUUAUAUCAAGCCAAGACUGAAGCAGUUGUUUCCGUUGAAAACACACAAAAAAAAGAAAGUGUAAAGUGAAACAAUCAAGCAGUGAUGUGGUGUAAAUCUGAUCCAGUGGUUUCCUGGGAUGUGUUAUGUUGAGAAAAGAAUAUCCCUCUGUUCUCUCUCGGUGAUUUUUUAAUGUUCAGUGUUUGUUUUCUAGAUUUUCUGUCUUAUCCUCAUUGUUUCUGCAUCAUACAUGUCUUUACAGAAAUAAUUGGUGUAUUGAUGAAAUGGAAAGAUGAACAUGGAGUAUCUUUACUCGCUGAGUGGCCACGCAUACAGUACAUGCAAACACACCAACAGACCAACCUACUCUUUGACCCAGUUUGCACCUUUUCAAGUCAAAACUGCUCAACUCAAUGCCAUGCACUUCCAAUUCUGUUGCUUCAAUUAAAUGAAAUGUUGCAUACUGAGAGUUAUAUUACCAUUAGCUGAAUAUUACAAAAAUAUUUGCUAUCAUUUGUAAAAAGAAAUCUGUAAAUCUGUAAUCUAACUGUAAAAAAAUAUGAAAAACGACUAGAGGAAGAAAAUCUCUGACAUGGAUAUUUGUUCAAGAAGGACAGGGAAAGAUUUUGUCUCUUUUGUCAGAUUUCUUAACUUCUGGUGAAUUCUGUUGGGGUCGUUUAUCACUGCAUAUGAUGUAGCCAAAAUGAAUACCUGUGUCCUAGGGUUGUGAACAUUUCCACACCGUUACAGGUGCUAUGUAAACAGUGUUGAACCCUGCCCUGAGAGCAAGCCGUGCAUUUUGUUCCUUUUGUUUCUGUUUUUACCCACGACCUGCAGAAGCCCAAAGCUGCAGCCAUUUGUAGCACGGCGAGGAGGGGAGGGGGGGAGGGGGGGGGGGGGGGUUAGGGUUUUAGGCUCAUUCCUCUAGAAGCCAUUUGUUUCUCGAGUCAAACAAUAAUAAGCUAUCUAUGUAUAUUGCCAAAAUUACUUGAAACAAACAGUAGGACAUGCUGGCAGCCAAAUCACGACACACACAAACACACACACAUGCAAGCACACACAUUUGUUGCACACACAUAGAAUAAAUACUACCAGGGAUCUGUGUUAAGCUCUGCUGUUCUCUUGUCAUGAGCUCAUGAGGCUUCUUAUGCAUAUAUAGAAUCACUCAGGGGGGGAAAAGGGAGGCUUCCCAUUUUAAGUAACAUCAAGUCACAUUCUAAUGGUAUUUUAACAUUUCUUGAUAGAAAAAAACAGUAAUGCUUUGUGUUUGUGAACUUGUAACCUGUGAACUUUUGGCCGUCAAGAUGAAGAAGGAAGAUAAACGUCAGGAUUAAGACUUCACGCGGUCCGUUAUUUUUGGUUUUGCUGGUAUGGCUUUAGAUUUUUUUCCUCUUGUCGGACUUGUGACACGCAUACACCCCCCCCCCCAC